AUGUACCUGACCCUUUCUUUGAAGGUGUCCUUCAAACUGGGUCAUUUCCAUUUCUGUGGUGGCACUGUGGUCCGAGAAGACGUGGUUAUUACUGCUGCUCACUGCGUGGUCAACCUGGGGCAGAAACUCCUGAAGAGCCUGGCGGUGACAGUGGGGGAGCGUCACCUCCAGCAGGUGGACGGGCAGGAGCAGAGCAUCCCUGUCACUGUCAUCAUCUACCCCACAUUCAACCGGCUGCACUACAUGGAUUGCGAUGUGGCCCUGCUGCACCUGCAGCACCCAGCCCAGGAUGAAGACUUCCAGGCUGGGACGGUGUGUGUGGUUAGUGGCAGAGGCAAGGUGUCUGAGGCGGCUGGGGUGCUGGCUCCUGUCCUGCAGGAGGUGGAGCCGCCCCUCAUCGACAGCCAAACCUGCAGCACAUGGCUGAGGGGCAUGAACUUGCCACCGGUGCAGGGCUCCAUGCUGUAUGCUGGCUUUCCAAUGGUGGGUGGGGACACGUGCAAGGGUGACUCUGGAGGCCCCCUUGCGUGUCUGAGGGCCGCUGGCACCUGGACUCUGGCCAGUGUGGUGUCCUGGGGGAUGGCUUGUGCCAAGAGGGAAGAUGAUAAAAUUUACUACAUGGAGCUGGUGACAUCGAUUGUCAGCUUCUGCCUGUGCACCUGGAAUAUAACAGUGCCGGAGGACAAAAUCAUCUUGAUACACUUCACCAAAUUAGAUGUAGAGUACCAAGUUGGCUGUGACCAUGACUGUAAAUCCUGCGGGGAUGUGUUCCCAACCCCUCUGCUGGCAGAGUCGGACCCGGUCACCGUUACGUUUUUUUCUGAUGGGAGCAACACUGGCCACGGCUUUGAGCUCACCUUUUUGGCUGUCCAUAAGGACUCUGAAGCAGGUUUGGGUUGUGGGAGUGUCGCAACGAUAGUGGAAGAGGGGAAGAUUGAUACUGCUAAUUAGCCUGGCUUGUAUCCCAGGAACACGAAGUGCCACUGGCUCAUUGAGGCUCCAGCAGAGUAUGUCGUAAAGCUGGAGUUUGCAGGCUUUGCUGUGGCACUUAGCUUGGGCUGCAUUUAUGAUGCAGUUACUGUUUACAGUGAUGAAGAAGAAGAAAACCAGUUGGAGGAGGCAGGAAGAGAAGACUCAGGAUUAACUACUGCACUGAUAUUGCCUCUGAAGGAUGUCCCCUUAGACACCUGUGGCCUUCCCCCAGUUACUCCCCAGUGGCUGUUCAAGUGUGUCAGUGUGGCUGAGGAGGCCUGUCCUCACUGUUGGCCAUGGCACACUGCCCUGAAGCUCCUUGGAGACUACCAGUGCGAUGGGGCUGUCAUCAGCCCUAUGUGGCUGCUGACAGCCGCCCACUGUGUGCAGCUAUCCAAUAAACCCUUGCACUGGACUGUAGGAGACCAUGGUAGAGCACUGAGAGAGUCAACAGAACAGGUGAGACAGGUGAAAACCAUCAUGGUGCAUCCCCACUUCAACAUGCUGAGCUAUGACUCCGACAUGCUGAGCUAUGACUCUGACAUUGCCCUGGUGCAGCUAGACGUCCCUCUGGAGUACAAGCUGCUGAAGCCAGUGUGUCUGCCCAACAGCACAGAGACGUUAUCUUCCUUUUCCCUCUGCACUGUGUCUGGAUGGGGGCCCAUCGAAGAAGAUGGGAGCCGAACUAGGCAGCUGCAGCAGACAAAAGUGCCUGUACUUGAGAAUGAAAUCUGUGAGAGAAAUUACUACUUCAGUCACCCUGGAGGGAUCACAGCCAGGAUGCUUUGUGCUGGCUUUGUUUCUGUGGGAGGCCAGGACUCCUGUCAGGGUGGUUCUGGUGGCCCCUUGGUUUGCAACAAGGAAAACGGACCAUUUACUUACAGCGUUGUCAGCUGGGGUGUUGGCUGUGCCAGCCCAAAGAAACCAGGGGCCUAUUCAAGGGUGAGGAUUUUCCUGGACUGGAUAAGACUGCUGAUGAAAGGAUACGUGGGAAGCACAGAGUGCUCUUGGAUACUCCGACUGUCUCUGAAGGGCAUGGCAAAGAUUAUAGUAAAGCAUCUGUCAAUAACAUCAUCACUGAACUGCCAAGAGGAGUUUCUUGGGAUUUAUGAAGAGAGCCAGAGAGGAAGAAAAGUGCUAGGUAACAACAAACAAUCCAGCUGA